AUGGGGGUUUUGAUUAAGCUAAUAGAUGCAGCUCUGUUAUUCUUCUUCUUGGUGGUAAUUUUAGCAGCUCCAGCUUUCGAUGCACGAGUGUGCUUUCCUUCUAAGUUCUUCCCAAAUUUCCUCGUUGACUUCAAUCUCUGGUUCACAAGCGAGUACGGUGAUUACUUGCUCAUAGAAAAGCCUUCUUUCUUUGUUGGGCUUAUAUGGCUCGAGCUUCUCUUCCAGUGGCCACUUGCCAUUGCAAAUGUUUAUGCUAUUCUUGUGGGAGGGAAGCUCUGGUUCAAUUCUACUUGCCUAGUCUAUGGAGUCUCUGUUUUUACUAGAAUGGUUGCUGUAUUAGCAGAGCUGAUCUUGUCUUCCAGAAUCACGAAUGUGUUGAUGAUGAUGUACUUACCUUUCCUGGGUUUUGCAAUCUUAGCUAUUCUGCGCGGCUUGUUACCAUACUCUCGCCAGAAACACCGGAGUCCCUGCAUUGGUAGGAAAAAGAGGGCUUGA